AUGGAUAAAAUAACAGCUCAGUCAUAUCUGGAAAUAAUAGGGUUGUUGACUUCGUCGUCUGCUCAAAAUAACACGGACACCAUUAAGGAUUUGUUUUGUUUCAACAUAUCAAAAGUCUACGAAUGUUUGCAGUCGAAUUUAAAAUAUACGGAGCUGCUUGAAUACAUAAAUGAAAAGUUUCCCUAUUUAUCGUCCAGUCCGAAAUUAGUAAAGAAAAUAACCAAGGAAGAAGUGGUGAAACUUUUUGUGGAAUGGAAUCUCUUCCUUCUUGAAAUGUACUCAUUAUCGCUCACCAAAGAAAUGAGGAUUUAUAAUAGAAAUUUGAAGAAGAAUGUACAAUAUCUAAAAUCUCCUGAGUUACUAAGUUUCAAUGAGAAGAAAUCUCUUUGGUAUUCAAUAGAUUUUGUAUUUGUAUUGGGAAUUUCCAUCAACAUGCACCCAGGAGUUGGCCUGCCUGUUACAAUGAAGUCGCAGGCCUGUCAGAACAUGCAGAAAUAUUUUGCCUCUUCUAGCAUUCCUUUCGACGAUUCUAAUCAAAUUAUCCCAGAAUAUAAGGACAGUUUUGAAUUGUUUCAGAAAUCUUUGAAUUUGGUUAUGGAUUUAUUUCAGUUGAAGCUGUCCCCAUUGUUCAAAGAGUAUAUAAUCAGCCAUCACUUCAACACCUACAUAACUGCACUCUUUCAGAUCAGUUUCUUUAAAAUGGCACCACCCAAUAAGGUAAUCCUUGUAGCAAAAUCGACAUUACCUGCCAUCCCACCAGCAACAACAGCUGCAGUGGAAAACAAUGAAAACGACAUGACAUCAAGAACGACAACAACGACUCCAUUCACUGUUGAUGUAUCCAGGUAUAAGGAGUAUUUGGAUGACAUCAUAAUGACAUCACCUCUCAAGUUCAUAUUCAGGGAACUCAUUUUGCUGAUUGGAGGCACGCCACCUGAGGUCUAUUUUUAA